UCCCCCUCCUGUCGCUCCUCCUCCUGUUGCUCCUCCUCCUGUUGCUCCUCCUCAUGCUCCUGUUCCUCCAUCUUCUCUUUCUUUUCCCCAAUUGUUCUUCACCGUUGUCAGCAUUCUCUGCCUCUAUCUCCCUCUUUGUUCGGUCUUAUCUCCAGCCAGCAGUAAGCGUACCCUCGACAACCCUCCCUCCCAUCGUCUCUCCUUUCCAUCCCUUUAACACUUUGUUACAUAGCCUUGCCUCGCGUCUGCACUUGAUCUCCCUCAUCGGUACCAAGCAGCGAGAUUACUUCAAGUUCACGGCGCAUUUUCAUUCUGUUGUUUUCGUGCGUUAGGCUUCACAUCAGUAAAAAGACGAGAUAAAAAAAAAAUGUUUGGUUUAGUUUUGUCGCCCUUCUCGGAGCUCCUUGCCACCUCCUGAAAUCAUUGGGAAAAAAGUUUUGCUGGUCUCCUUGUCAUGUAUAUCCUAUCCUUUGUUUUCCCCCGCAGUUGGGAUAAGACAAUGUGGCGAAUCUGAAGUAGCAGUUGGAAUAAAACAGUGCGGCGAGCCU